AUGCACGGAAAAGUUGCUCUCGAGGAGGCUUUCGCCCUGCCUCGUCUUCACGAGAAAACCAGAUGGUGGGCGUCGCUGUUUGCCGUCAACCCAGACCAGCAUGCCGCUGAGAUGACGGACAUUACUGAUAUCCGUAUCAAGUACAUGGACAAGCACGGCGUUGGCUACACUAUUCUUUCAUAUACUGCCCCUGGCGUCCAGGAUAUCUGGGACCCCAAGGAAGCGCAGGAUAUGGCUGUAGAGAUUAAUGACUACGUUGCCGGAGCUAUCAAGAGCCACCCCGAUCGGUUUGGUGCUUUUGCCACUCUCUCCAUGCACAACCCACAAGAAGCAGCCGACGAACUGAAGCGCUGCGUCACCAAAUACGGCUUCAAGGGCGCCCUCGUCAACGACACCCAACGAGCCGGAGCCGACGGCGACGACAUGGUCUUCUACGACGGCCCCGAGUGGGACGUCUUCUGGUCAACCGUCACGGAGCUCGACGUCCCCUUCUACCUACACCCGCGCAACCCCACGGGCACGCAAUACGACAAGCUCUGGGCCAAGCGCAAGUGGCUUAUCGGCCCUCCCCUCAGCUUCGCCCAAGGCGUCUCCCUCCACGUCCUCGGCAUGGUGACCAACGGCGUCUUCGACCGCCACCCCAAGCUGCAGGUCGUCCUGGGCCACUUGGGCGAGCACAUUCCCUUUGACAUGUGGCGCAUCAACCACUGGUUCGAGGACGUCAAGAAGCCGCUUGGCCUGGACUGCAAGAAGACCAUCAGGGAGUACUUCCAGCAGAAUAUCUGGAUCACCACCAGUGGGCACUUUUCCACGACGACGCUGCAGUUUUGCAUGGCGGAGGUUGGUGCGGACCGCAUCUUGUUCUCUAUUGACUACCCGUUUGAGUGCUUUGCCGAUGCGUGUGAUUGGUAUGAUGGUGUGCCGAUCAAUUUGGUGGACAAGGCUAAGAUUGGGAGGGAUAAUGCGCGGAGGUUGUUCAAGUUGCCUGAGUUUAAGGACAGUGAGAAGCAUGUUGGUGCCUAG